GAAAUUUGAAGCGUUUGAAUAAUAUUUCUUGUUUAAGAUGGCUGAUUUACUUCGCUUCAAGUGAUAUAGUGAACUUGCAAGUUGCUCAUUUUAAUGGCUUUCGUAUCUUCUUGAACUUUAGCAGAACUUAAAUCAGGAUUGCAUGCUGUUGGAAGGCAGCAAGUAUUUGACAUAAGCUCACACCUUUCUUUCUGCUUUCAUCUGAGGACUCGUGUAGAAGUGAUUAUCUGAGGAAAUGCAGCAAUGAUGACAUACUCUACAUUUUAAGUUUACAUGCAUUCCUGUCGCAGCAGCAGCAGCAAGGAGGGCUAAUGCCUAUUGUACGAAGUGCAGGCUGUGGAUAUUCGGAUUUACUUUUCGCGAUGUUGCCAGUAAAUAUCUUAAAUUUUGCAUGCAUUAAAAUUCAUGUAGCAGUACUUCUUGUUUAAGUAAAGAUCUAUUCGUCCACUCAGGGUAAUUGAAACAAGAAAAAUUUUCCUUCGUAAAAAUCCUUCAUCUUGGGAAUUUCAAGAAAGAACACUUUUAUAUUCUUUCGCAAUGGCGUAUCAGUCUGAGAUCCUCCACGGUUCUAAAAACAAUUAUUUUUGUGAACAUUGUUUAAAAUCAUUUCCCAACGCCAGUCAUUUAGAAAUGCAUCUGAGAAUCCAUAAUGGCGAAAAACCAUAUAGAUGUGAGCACUGCUCAAAGGCAUUUUCCGAAACAUCAAAAUUAAAAAGACAUCAGAAAAUCCACACUGGCGAGAAACCGUAUUCCUGUAAUUAUUGUCCGAAGGCAUUUAUAACAGCUUUUACGUUAAAGACACAUCUGAGAGUACAUACUGGAGAGAAACCGUUCUCCUGUGAACAUUGCUCAAAGGCAUUUUCUUUCUCUCCAGAUUUAAAGACGCAUCUAAGGACCCAUACCGGCGAGAAACCGUAUUCCUGUGAACAUUGCUCAAAGGCAUUUUCCAGAGCGUCAAGUUUAAAGAUACAUCUUAGAACCCAUACUGGAGAGAAACCAUAUUCCUGUAAAUAUUGUUUGAAUACAUUUUUCCUCUCUUCACAUUUAAAGACACACCUGCUGAUCCAUACUGGAGAGAAACCGUAUUCCUGUGAACAUUGCUCAAAAUCAUUUGUGACAGCUUUUAAGUUAAAGACGCAUCUGAGAGUACAUACUGGAGAGAAACCGUUCUCCUGUGAGUUUUGCUCAAAGGCAUUUUCCCUCUCUCCAGCUUUAAAGUCGCAUCAAAGAACCCAUACCGGCGAGAAACCGUAUUCCUGUGAACAUUGUUCAAUGGCAUUUUGCCACCUUAGCAGUUUAAAAUUACACCUGAGGACUCAUUCUGGCGAGGAACUGUGCCAGCAAUUUUCCUGCGCAGUUUGUUUAAAGAAAUUUUCCCUACUAGGAAACCUGAAAAGGCACAUGAGAACACAUACUGGAGAAAAGCCGUUUUCCUGUAAAGUGUGUUCUAAGAAAUUUUCUCGUAAAGAGGACCUGAAAAAUCACAUGAGAACACAUACUGUAGAAAAGCCAUUUUUCUCCGAAGUGUGUUGUAAGUAAUUUUCUCCACAAGGAAACCCGAAAAAGCACUUUAGAUUCCAUACGGGGAAAAAACCUUAUUAUCACAGUUGAGAAAUGUUCGCUACAAUCCUGCGUGAAUUGUUGAGAAUCCAUUCUGGCGGCAAAAGGAAAUUCCCGUGAUUUGUGAUUGUAGGU